UUUGAAUUUAAUUUAAAUUGGGCACGAAUUGGAAAUAGAUGGUGCCAAUUUUUAAUUUUCUUAUCCUACAAACUGCUAAAACGUGUAUCGUGAAAUCUCGUAGCAAUGGAAGAGGAAUCUACACUCGCAGAACCAUCAUUGGACAAACAAUUAAAGGGACAUAAAAAUGCUAUCACUUCGCUCUAUUACAACGUAAAUGAGCAUCAAAUAGCAACAGGAUCUUUAGACAACAGUAUUCUAUUAUGGCAGCUACAUGGCUGUAUGAAGAGUUACCGGUUCCAAGGGCACUCGGAAGCCGUGAUGGACGUGACGUUCUCACCUUCAGGCAAGCACAUGGCGUCGGCGUCUCGCGACAAGACCGUGCGGCUGUGGGUUCCAACCGUAACGGGCAGCACCGGCGUCUUCAAGGCGCAUUCGCAGACCGUGCGGUCAGUGCAGUUCACACCCGAUGAGUCAAAGAUCUUAACAGCAUCAGAUGACAAAAUAAUCAAGCUGUGGUCCAGUGAUAAAUACAAGUUCAUAUCAUCUUUUGUUGGUCACAAGAACUGGGUCCGUUGUGCCCGGAUUUCAAAUGAUGGCUGCAUUAUUGCCUCCUGUUCUGAUGACAAGACAACAAUGCUCUGGGACCCAGAGUCUGGAAAAGAGGUUCACACUUACAAAGAUCAGAAAGGUUUCGGAAUGUGCUUAGCAUGGCACCCAUCUGGUUGCUAUAUUGCUGUGGGAACAAGCCAGGGCAAUGUCAAACUGUAUGAUAUUAGAACUCAUAAUCUUGUACAGUAUUACAGUAUACAUUGUGAUGCAGUCACACAAUUAUCGUUUCAUCCGAGUGGCAGCUACAUCCUCACAGCUAGCAAAGAUGGAAAAAUGAAGAUUUUGGAUUUGCUUGAGGGUCAUCCUUUAUUUACCCUGACUGGGCACACUGGUGCAGUUAAUGCAGUUAAUUUUUCUCCCAGUGGAGACACAUUUGCAUCAGCUGGUGAAGACAAACAGGGGACCAAGAUUUGGUACCUAUGUUAUCAUAGCAGCAAGUAUCCCGAAACAUCUUUUGUCCACUUUGACUCUAGUCCUUCUAGCAGUGCAAGAUCAGCUAUAUUUAGUGGACUACUCGAUGCAAACAACACUAUACCACGUCUAGUGGACGCUGAAGCUUCCUGCAGUUCUAAUUUUCGAAACAUGACAAAGUCUGAGCUACAUUCAACAUUCAAUUCAGACGAGUGUGAAAGUGUCGGCACGGUAGGCGAUAUGAGUCAUAUACCUCGCGUGCCACCUUCUCGUACCACUUUCACCAUGCCUUGCAUUCCUGGCAAUAAUACUUGUGGAGUUCAUACUUCAGAGGAAGAUUUGUUUGGCAUGGUUAAGUUGAAAGAAAAUGAUGUCUGUUAUACAAGUGGAACUAUAGAAUGGGUCGGUAGAAAAAGGAGCUUCCCAAUCAACAGUGGAUUCAAACUUUUGAAUGAUACUUUCGGACAUGAACCUCUUGUAAAGAAAGUAAAGUCAGAUGCAACUUUUAAUAUAAAUAGUAGUCACAUGAAGGGCUGUGACUGUGCUGAUGUCCUGCCUACUAUGAAUGCAAUUGUGGACCAUUUGAAUGCUCUCCAUGAGGCAGUGGACCUAGUGGACCUAAGAGUGAACACUCUUGAAAAUGGUUUAUAGCAGUAGUUUAUAGUAGUUAUCUUCAAGUUAUUAAAAGUACAUAAACUUAUGUUUAGAUUGUUUUCUUUUGGUGGAUGGUAGAAAAACAAAUAGUAUAUAGGGGUAUAUUAAAAAAAUAUAUUUCUUAAAAUACUGUAAAAAAAAUUAAACAAAUAGUAUUAUAUCAUAUGUCUCAAAUAUCUUUGUCACGAGGAAAUAUCUGAACUAACAGUAGUACAUAUUUACAUCCAAAUAAAAUUCAUAAUUAAAAUAUGGGCACUUUUACAUUUUUUGUUAUUUGAAAAUUAUGCAUUUCCGAUUUGUCACUAAUUUGUCUUAACCUUUCGCUUCCCUUUUUAAAAAAACUUUUUAAUUCCUAACUUUUUAACUCUAUGUUUAUAUCCUAUUAUUACAAAAUUAAAUUGAUUAGGAUGAAAAUUUAAAUACUAGUUAUUUAAUUUUGUUUCCUUAAUAACUGUAAUAUUGAAUCUGUUCUAUAAAAUGGUUACAAUGCACUUGAUGAGCAUUGAAAAUAAGUUUUUACAAAAAAAAUUGUAAUGACCUUUUUCAUUUUUAGGGUUCUGUACCUCAAAAGGAAAAAAAACGGAACCCUUAUAGGAUCACUCGUGCGUCUGUCACAGCCUAUUUUCUCGGAAACUACUGGACCAAUUAAGUUGAAAUUUGGUACACAUAUGUAAAUUAGUGACCCAAAUACAUAGGUUCGAAGUUAUUUAAAAAAAUAGCCAAAAAAUGACCAUUCCCCCCUUUAUCUUGGAAACUACUGGGUCUAAAAUUUUGAAAAAAAAUAUUCUAAAUAGUUCUUUACCUAUAGAUGACAGAAAAACCUAUUAGAAAUGUGCAGUCAAGCGUGAGUCGGAC